AUGCCCUACGCCAUUUCCAAAUUGGGGCUGGUCCAUGGCUUUGUUUGGAUGCUAAUUUGCACACUGAUUGUGAUGUUUUCGCUGCAUUGUUUAUCCAUUACCGCCUGUUCGCUUUCAGGCCGCCAAACAAGUUAUUUUUCGGCGGCAACAAAAUAUGCCCCAAGGCUCCGUUUGUCUGUUGAUUUGUCGAUCAUCAUCCAAGGCUGGGGUGUAUGUCUGUCAUACCUGAUUCUUGUUGGGAAUUCGAUCCCUUCGCUGUAUUUGUUUGUGUAUUCUUUGUUUUACGAGGCUUACGACGAUAUGCUGUUUUUUGGAUUUGAGCCCAGACAAUUUAGCAUCGUCGCAACGAUGCUUUUCGUUCUAUUCCCAUUGUGCUGUCUUAAAACCUUGCGCGCCCUCAAGUUCAUGUCAAUACUGGCAAUCAUGUGCGUCGUCUACAUCCUGCUGAUGAUACUUGCUUAUUUUGCCCUGUUUCUGCUUUAUUCUGACGAAUCGAUUUUCCAACUGUUCCGGCUCAACGUUGUCGACAGACUGCCGAUUUCGCUUUGGAAAUGGUCGUUUGAAGGCAUUCUAAGAUCGAUUCCGAUAUUUAUUUUUGGCUUCACUUGCCACCACAACUUGUUCAAUAUUUUUAACGAGCUAAAGCAGCCAAGAUCCAUCGGCAAGCUGAACAAAAUAUCCGUCGUCAGCAUUGCCAGUGUUGGGAUGAUUUAUUUUUUGAUAGCAGCAGCCGGGUAUGUUACUUUGGGGGACGGGGUUGAUAGCAAAUUAUUUGAUUCCUACGAAUAUGGGGACGUCGAAAACCACUUGAUUUCCGAGUUUUCAAUCAUUCUUGACCAAUUUGAUCCUCUUCGCGUUUCCUUAUUCAUGGGGCGCCUGUGUCUUUUGCUAAUCGUCAUCUCGGCCUUCCCCAUUCAAUUUUAUCCGAUAAAAAUCUCGAUUCAUAAUUUAUGGACAUAUUUUAUGCACGAUGCCGACGCUCCCUCUGAGUCACGACUUUUGGCCCCAUUGUCGGAUCUCGAUAUGAGCUCUCCAGUCUUAAGUCCACUCAUCGGAGAUCAACAUCCAAAAAGAGGAAUGCGGUCGGACAGGUUCCACUAUUGCGUCACGUCCAUUUAUUGCCUCAUCUGCUUGAUACUUGCUCUUUUUGUGACCGAAUUUGGCGCUGUGCUAUCGCUCGUUGGCGCCACCGGUGACAAUUACAUUGCACUGUUUUUUGGUCCAUACAUUUAUUUGCUCAUUUCAAAAGGAAAUCCGCCCACAUCAAGGUCUUACUGGAAAGAGGCUUGCUCUUAUUUUUUGAUUUGUUUUUCUAUCCUUCUGGGGAUGAUGGUUUUAGCUAUUUUAUAA